AUGGCAGCAAAUCAGAGCAAAGCAGCAGGUGGGCUGCGAAACCUACAAGAGUUCAACCAAAAAGCUGAGCAACUGGAAGCUUGGAUCAGGCGGAAGGAAGAGAAACCUUUGCUGGCGGCUCUGCUGCAUGAGAAUGCAGACAAGAUCCAGCUCACCCGGCGGAUCCUUGAUUUAAAACAGGAGGAGCAGCAAUUCCAGGUCCUGCAUGAGGAGAUGAACAGUCUUGCUCACAAGCUCGAGAAGCAAGGGAAGAGUGAGAGCAGGAACAUUGUGGCUCGGCGCAAGCACAUCAAUAAAAUGUGGCUGCGUCUCCAAGGGACACUGAAGGAGCAUCAUGAGAUGCUGCAGCUGGCUCUAGAGGCUGCUGCCUUCCUCCAGCAAGCAGAUGUGCUCCUAGAGGCCAUCCGUGCAAAGUGGAGGGGUCUCUGUGGAGCAGGGAAGCAAAGAGAAUCUGAGCCCAGCCUGGACCUAGAUGUUAGGGACAUUGCCAGCCAGGUCAUGAUGCUAGAUGUCACUGUGUCCCAGCUGACUAGCCUGCAUCCCAGCCUGAUAGCACGAGUCUCUCUCAAGCACCAAGAUGUCAAGGAGAGCUGGGCCCAGCUCCAGCAGCUGCUGAGGAGUGAAAAGCCCCCCUUAUUGGCUUUGACAAGACAGUCGACUGAUCCUCCAGGUCCUGAGAAAGUUAAGGCCAUCGCUACAAACGGUGCAGGGAGAGAAGCUGAAGAAAAAUCAGGGAGAGUCUCAGGAUGGGGAGUGCCGAAGAACGUCCUAGGAAGUGUGGCAGAGCGUGCAAGAGGCCUGGAAGGGGCGCCAGCUUUAGCAGGAAGAGAGUCCGUUCACAAUGACAGCAAGAGGAGGAGGAAGCUUUCCAAACAGCCGAACGCACUGAAGGACCCACCCCAGCAAAAGGCCCACUUUCAGGGCUUCUGCCAGACUGCUGACGUGGAACUACAGCAGUUGCUGCAUACUGGCCAUCGAUGGAGUCCGCAAAUGGAAGAUGCCCUUGAGGAGCUGGAGGAUCUCUGGGCAGACCUGAGGAGAAGGCAUCAAGAGAAUGGUGCGGCCCUGAGGGAGAUUGAUACAGCCCUGCGGCUGGUUGCGGAGCUAGAAGAGGCUGAAUGCUGGCUCAGAACCGUGACAGACCUGAUCUCGGAGCCAACAACUAUGAAGAGCCUUGAUAACCUUCAUGAGAACCUGCAAAAGAUUGACAGUCUGGAAAACCAGGUUAGGGCAUGGAGCAUUAAGCUUCGAGCACUGCAGGAGGAAAUACAGAUGGGACCCUCCUCGGAACACACAGCAGCUGCAAUGAAACAGAGAAAAAUGGAAAGAAGUGAAAGAAAAGUGAGUUCUAAGAACCGGGGUGGGUUGACCUGUGUUCAAGAGGCUCUUCAGCGCCAGGCAUCAGAGCUGCAUGAUUCCCUGGUUUUAUCUGAAUUCUUACAGAAUGUGCAGCGGGAAGAGAUGCUCAGUCAGAGGAGCAACACACUGGCAGUGGCUAACCAGCUAAGCUCACAAGAAUCUUUGCCCUUCCUCAUAGCCCAUGGAGGGCGGCAGCUGAGCAGUAAGGACCUGUGUAGACCACUGGAAGAACUGCAAGAGGCAGUAGAGAUGCUGAAUGAUGUGGUGAAAGAACGGGAGCGGGCCGUGGAGGCGGCAACUGAGACAGAGAACCUGGAAUGCCAUGUACAGGCUUUGAAAGAUGGGAAAGAAACAAGGCUGUCCUGGAUUGCCUCCCAGAUGGAGACCUUGAGGGUCAAUGCAGAAGCCCUGGCUCAGGACCUCAUCCAGGCAGAGAAGAGUUUUGCCACAGUGAAAAGUGAGCAGGAGCUGCUGGAGCUGCAGGGCUUGUUGAGAAGGCAGCAAGAAAUAGAGAGUGAUAUGUCUGACCUGGAAGUGGACCUGGAGGAUCUGGAGAGAGCAGCAACUCAGCUGGAGGAGACCUGCCUGUUUCAGACACGUGACAACUCCAAGGGGAUUCAAGAAACACUAGAGGCUUGGAAGGAGCUGCAGAAACUGGUGUUGGAAAAUGCAGUCCGUGGACAGCAUGCUGUUCGUUUGCGACAAUUCUUCAGAGAUUAUUUGGCCAUUAUCUCCUGGACAGAAGACACCCGUGCUCAGAUCUUCUCAGAGAGUCUGAGCAGCGUUCAUGGUCUGUCAGAGAAUCGUUGGGAGGAGCUGGAGAGCAACAUUGAAACUAAGCUGAAGGAGUUUGAAGAGUUGGCAGCUGCAGGACGGGAGCUGGUGGCUGAGGAGCAUGACCUCAGUGAGACAAUAAAGGAGCGAAUGGAGGAGCUGCAGAGCAUGUUGGGAUGGGUGGUGGUGCGUUGGCGAGCACAGAGUUCUCAGAAGGAGCUUGGCACCAAGAGUGAUGGCUGGAAGAGUCAAGAUGGCGCCCAGAGUGUGCCCAAGAAGUACCAAAUGAAAGUAGCCCCUGAAGUAGACAUGCCUGAUAAAGACAGCAUCCCGAGACCCAGUGUGUCAGAAGCGCCUCCAUUCGCAUUACUCUCCCUCCAAGAUGGUUCGGCACCACAGCACCAUGAGCAAGAGAGGACGGAGGACUCUGCUGCAGUCCCGCCUGUUGCCGAUGCUCACCCAGUGUGUAAACUGAGCUUGGAAGCAUUAGUACAUUGCACGCCUACUGAGAAGGACGCCCCCAAGGAAAUAUUGGCCCUAAAACCCACGGAGAACCCAGUGCUGCUGGUGCCACAACACAGUACUGGCAACCUGGGUGGCACAGUGAACUUGAUUUUGAGCAUUGGCAAGAAAGGGGAGAAGAAGGCAGGAAUACUGGCAUCAGAAAACCAGGCAGGAGUACCAGCAUCAGUGGAAGAGGAGGGCUUGCACAAGGUCAGCACCUAUUUGCAUGUGAAGGAGGGCAAAAAUAAAGGUAUGGUCUGUAGAAGCUCAACCAUGGCACAACUUGUGGAGCAAAUGACUACCAGAACUCAGUUUUCCCCGCUUCCCAGUACAGGGUGGGGCACCACCACCUUCCACACCUUGCCAAAGAUCAGCUCCAGCUCCCUCAUGAAGAGCCUGAGCAGAAAAGGAACAAUAGAAGAUGCCCAGCUGCUCACCUUGCAAGGGAUCAUGAAAGCAGAUCCGAGUGAUCCACAACCUGUUCAAGAGAAGAAGUGCAGUAGUACCUGGCCCCCUAAGUGCAGCAGAAAGGCACAGACCUUGCAGACACAUUGCCCGCAGCUCAGGCAGCUGAUGGACUAUGUAAAGAACCCAUUGGCACGGGCUAUUGAUGUUGAAUGUGCCUCAAUUGGGAAAGGAUCUGGACAGCGCACAUUUGUGAGAGAUGGCAAAAGUCUCAGCAGCCCCCAGGCACUUCCCGAGAAGAUGAGCAUGUGCCAGCAUCUUCCUCUGGGCUGCAUCCUGAACCUGGAGCUCCCUAAGGAUCCCACUGCAUUGAGGAACAUCCACGAUACCAUCAACAUAGCACAGGAGAGAAAGGAAGCAAGCCAAGCCAGUGGAGUGGCUCAGUGGAACACCAGUGGAGCAAAGCUGCAGGAAAAUGAUACCAGCCUGCAGAAGAGAAGGCCAGGAGUACAGCCAGCCAUAUGCCAAAAGCCACCUGGGACAGGGGAUGUUCACCGUAAGUUUCACAAGAAAGAGAGAGGCACAUGGUUUGAAGAGGUGAGUUGCAACCCAAGCUACAGCCAGCAGAAGGCCGAUUGUAUUGCUCCUUGUGAAGACAGGAAGAGUCCUAAGAGCUGCAGCAGUCCCAGUGAUGAGUAUCCUGUUUUCAGACAGAACCAGCUGUCCCGUGUCAGUGUGCUGCAUGAGCAGUUAGGCUGGGAAUGGGACAGACUAGCUGCCAAACUGGGGACAACUGGCAGCACUGGUGAGGGGUUGCAGGGAAAGGAGCCAACUGAGCACACAGCCAAAGUCGGAGAAUCCUCUAGAGUGAAAUUCAAGCCCUCCCCUGCUACACAUAGGAGCACUGUUGAUGCAGCUUCUAGUACAGCCAAAGUUAAGGACCCUGCAGCAAAUGCAAUGCCAAAUAAGGAAAGCAGCCUGGGUGGGUUAGAAGGAAGCUGUGAAAAAAUCCUACCUCCGUGGCAUCACAUGGGACUCAAAUCUCCCACUAAGGUGUCUCUGUUUGAGUGUGAACUAGGCCACCAAGAAGGCAUCCCAGCAUCUUCAGGGCUAGACGCUUUAGUCCGGGCUCCAGGAGGAAAUACAGCUGAAGGACCAAAGUUGCCAGGAAGGACAGACAUUUGUCACCCUGCCCAUGAGUUGUUUGAAGAAGAAGAGGAGGAGCUGCAGGCCAUAUGGAGUAAUGUGGAGAAGCACAAGAGAAGUGCAGGUGUCUCUUGUGGCCCAGAGAGAAAGGUAGACAAAGCACAAAGCCCAGGUGAUUCUAGUGGGAAAAUCAUCCUGACAGCAGCGGAGAAUGUGCUGGUGGCCAAGUUCAAGCUUCCUACCUCUGUCCAACCACUUCAGGGCUCAGAAGAGGGGAAAGGGUCCAGUGAUAGACUUGGUAGGAAGAACAGUUCAACUCAGUGCUGGGCGCCUUUGCCUUCUUGCCCGGAGCCAUCUGAGAGGACAGAGGUUGCAUCUGUGGGAACGGUGUCGAGCAUCUGCCCAGGGGGCCAGCUGAAGCUCCAGGAAGAGAGCAGAGGGGUCAACAAGCUUCUACCCAGUAAAUUGGAGCUCCAGAUGAUGGAAGGAACUCUGGAGAGGAAGCACCUAUUGCAGGCAGGAGGAAGAAAGGCAAAUUGUCGCUCCUGGAACACAUUCCAUACAGUACUGAUGAGACAAACUUUGUGUUUCUAUCAAGACAAGAAAGACACUCUCAAGCAGAGCUCCAUGGUGGCUUUACCACUGAAUCUCUGUGGAGCAACCUGCGCCCUGGAAACAGAGUACACCAAAAAGACCAACUGCUUCACACUGCUGUUGAAGGAUGGUUCCAAGUAUCUCCUUAGAGCUCUGACUGAACAACUCAUGAAAGAGUGGGUUACCAAACUGCAGCAAAAUUCAGGUUUACCUGAAGUGGAUUAUUUCCAGUCAGCAUCCCAAGCCGCCCAAAGGACAACCUCUGCUGUUAGUGUGAUUCCUGGCCUUGGAUCCUCCCACUGUCUGGGCCUUCAUCAGCCCCUUACAACAAAGAGCCAAGAGGAACCCAGGUCAAGUGUCAAGCUGCAGCUGCCUUAUGAUACUCGGAAUGACCCACUGGAUUCAGCAGCAGCACCAGCAGGAAACAAUCAGAGAUCUGCGGCCAUUUAUACAGCAGAGCAAAGCCCAAAGCUGUGCUCCCUUACUGAGUCUCCAAGGGCACACGAUCCCUUUAUGUGUCAGGAAGAUGACUGUGGGCUUGUGACAAGCAAGAGGAGAUCAUAUUCCUUCACCUCAGCUACCUACCAGAAGAUAAGCCCAUUGUCGGUAUCUAAAGAGCCCUUGGGGGUUGGCAGCAGCUACUCAGUCACAUUGUACAUUGGAGAGCAGGCACCUGCUAUCCUCCGGCCUCGCUGCCAUUCCUUCAUGGCCACUCCUGGUGGCGUCCGAGAGACUCUAAGUGAGAGAAGCCAGGGCGCCUCACCUCGCCAGAAGAACAAAUCUGUCUUCAGGAAGUUCUUUGGAAAGAAAGACUGACAUUCUGGCUCAUUCCUUUUAGCCCGGAAAUGGCAUAUGUGACUCUACACAAGCACUACGCCUGAUUGCAACCAGUGGACACUCUAGGAAUUGCUCUUUCCUGAGGGUGCAGGAAGAGUGAUCUAAGGGGAGAGAGGCUCUGGUCUGUGAAACAAUCCAUUAGGCCUCAGGCAUGUACUUCACCUACUCCCUGAUAGUAGUGGAGCUUGAGGGAACACUGUACUGAGGUAGGGAACAUUAACCAAUGGUGUCAGAGGCGUACAGAAAAGCACCUGAGUCAUUUUGCAGAAGGGUGGUAUAAUAGAACCCCCCUGGGGCCUUUCUCCAAGUAUGUCAGAGCCCCCUCUUUGUGGUACACACAAGCUAAUGGACGGCUUCGGGUAAUACAUUCCCAGGCACAUAUGUAUUAACACUGUAUUUUUAUUCCGGUGGUGGGGGUGGGGAGUCAUGUUGUUUCACUCAUUCCUCACAGAUGUUUGCAUGAUUUGUGAAUAGGAUCAACAAACAGUUUCUUUCGGUCCAUUGAUCUCUAAGAGUUGCCAAGUUUUUAAACUUGCUGUUGCUUCUGUGCCUGUUACAGCAUUGUCAGCAUUUGGCAAAUGAUAAUGCUUAUCCUUAUUCCACGUGCCAUUUCCUGAUUUUUGCAGAUUGGGCUGCCAUACAAACAAAAUCUUUCUUCGUCAGUUGGUAAGACAGCUGAGGCUCAGGAUCUCCCCAUGGGCCCUGAGUAAUUGUGUCUUGGAGAGAUCAGCACCAUACAAAUGUAGGGAUAGCACAUAUCUGGCCCAAAGAGAGCUGAAGGUCGACAAAGCGUCUGUACAGAAAUACAAAUGGAGCAUUCACACUCUGGUUAAAUGAACCUCACGUUUGUUCUGCUUUUCUUUCCUUCUGCACCGUAAUGCCAGGUGCAGGAGCCAGUAUGGCUUGUUUAGUUGUCAGAUACAUCUCUUGCAGAAACAUUAACACCACAUUAAAAUACCG